AGUGUUCCUGAAAAGCGACGGCAUAACUGCACACUUUUGCAGAGAGAGAGAGAGAGAGAGAGAGAGAGAGAGAAGUGUAUAGCUGAGGAGAGCGAGGUAGCUAAGCUCAUUAAUGGUUCCACGGUUUUCAGAGUAACCUUUGAGUGAUGGGGAAAUCUCCAGGGAAAUGGAUCAAGACUGUUCUCUUUGGAAAGAAGUCAUCGAAGUCAAGUUUUUCAAAAAAUGCUGCAAUUGAAGAGAAGGUGGCACCCUCUGACCCUUAUGUGAUCUCCGAUCUGCCACCUCAGACCACUUAUAGAAGUGAUGAAAAUACGGAGCUUGAGUUCUUGCCUGGAAAUCAAGGAGCAGAUACAGAAGGUAUCGUGGUAUCGAACUCGGCAAACAAUGCCGAGAUAAUCAGGCAAGAGCAAGCUGCCACAAAGGCACAGGCGGCUGUCAGGGGCUACUUGGCUCGCCGGGCGUUUCAGGCCCUCAAGGGCAUCAUAAGGCUGCAAGCACUUAUACGUGGACACUUGGUGAGGAGACAGGCUGUUGCUACUUGGCGGUGCAUGCAAGCAGUCAUUAAACUUCAGGCGCUAGCUCGUGGCCGAAAAGUCAGGCUUUCUGAAGUUGGGAUUGAAGUGCUUAAAAAGCGCAGAUUGGGAGAAUCCAUGGAACGUGAACAGGUGGACAUAAUAGCUGUAAAUGCACUUUCUAUGUCAGAGAAGCAACCAACAAAUGCUUUUCUUAGAAAGCUUGUUGCUUCACUGCCUACUGCUAUGCCCCUGAGCCUCCAGUAUGAUCGAGUUGAACCAAAUUCAGUUUGGAACUGGCUAGAACUUUGGUCAUCAUCCCACUCCUGGGAACCACUUGCACAGCCAAAGAAGAGUCUCAACACAAAGCACAAGAAAAGGCAAACAAACAAGAAAAGUACCGAAAGAGAAUCAGGAAGGCCAAAAAGAGGUGUCCAGAGAGUCCCUGCAUUGAAUAGUGACAGUAACUUGUUGAAUUCCUCUUCUGAAUAUGUAAAACCCAAACGCAACCUGAAAAAAGCUCCAACCCAUCAGACAGAACUAGUCAGAGAACAUUCUCAAAAUGAAGUUGAGAGAGUUAAACACAAAACAAGAAAAGUAUCUGUUUCAGCUGAAGAUGUUUCUGAUCACAAGACAGAAGCUGUAACUGAAAAGCAAGAAUUGGAUAAUUCCUCAGAGAAAACCAGUGAUCUGACUGUUGUAGUUUCCGCACAGCCUGUGGUAGUAGAACCAGCUCCGAAGGAGUUGGAAGUGGAUGAAACAGUUGAAAUGUCGCAGAUUGACCUACCUGCUGUUGAAGUACUUUCUUCUGAAAGUGGUGACAAGGUCAUGAUCAGUGAUAAGAUAAUUGAAGAGUUAAGUUCCAAGGAAGAUCAGAUCAUGGAGAAGCCCAUAGCCAACGGUGACAAGAUAAUUGAAGAGUUAAGUUCCAAGGAAGAUCAAAUUACGGAGAAGCCAAUGGCUGGAAGAAGGAAAUCUUUCUCAGCAAAACAGGAGUAUCCUGAGAAUGUUUCACAAAAUACUCCAACCUUGCCAAGUUAUAUGCAAGUGACUGAAUCUGCAAAGGCAAAGCUUAGAGCGCAAGGAUCGCCUAAGUUUGGUGAAGAUGGGGCUGAGACUGGAUUCGACAGGAGGCAUUCUUUGCCAUCUCCUAUGAAUGGGAAAUUGAGCUCACUGUCACCUCGGGUUCAGAAACCAGUACAAGCAAAUGGCAAAGGAGGAAGUAGAAUUGAUCGAUCCCUGCUGUCUUCUAGAGAUGAGAAGGUGCUGCAGCCAGGGUGGAAGAGGUGAGUGUGGUACACUUUCUUCCGAACAUGAUGGAGUCUGAAGGUGAAAAGUGUGACUUGCUGACUGCUUCAUUCCAGUUCUUCUCAUGAUUCUGGUUUUUCUGAAAAUUGUAGAGUUAAACAUGAAAUGAACAUGACAAAUAAAAAUGGUUUGAUGUAAGUUUGAGUUUUCAUGGUUUCUUUGGCAUUUUAAGGUGAGCUACAAGGGAAUGUAUAGUUGUAUACCCUCUGUGUGUUGGCUUUUAUUUGACAUCAUUUGCUUGUGUUAAUCGUUUAUUUGUUUCUCCCUGUAGCAUUUUACAAUUUUACAACGCGAGAACUUGAACGUGCUUGAUAAACUUGUGACUCUUUAUAAAUUGGAUAUUCAGUCA